AUGGGAGAGACUUACAUGAAAGAAGCGGCUCGCCUGUAUCCCAAGUCGCGUGAUGAGGCCAAGAAACGGGAUAACCAUUUUGAUCUCGUCGAACGGGUUCACGAGGCUGAAGAGGCUAACCUGAAGAAUCCCGCUGAGGCUGCCCAUAAACUCGUCGUGACUCUAGAGCAUGAUGAUUGUACGGAUGAGAAGUUUGCUGUUUACCAGAACUACCAGGCGGUAGUUCACAAGGAGUCUCCGGAUGAAAUUACCAAGACCGGAUUCAGACGCUUCCUUUGUGACUCGCCUUUGAGGAGAGAAACAAUGGUGACACCCGAUGGGCGUAAACGUCGCCUGGGUUCGUAUCACCAAUGUUACAGACUGGAUGGCAAGCUAGUUGCCAUUGGAGUGCUUGACCUCUUGCCCGAGUGUGUAAGCUCAGUAUACUUUCUUUACCAUGAAAGCAUUCACCAGCAUUCGCCAGGGAAGCUUGGUGCACUGUAUGAGAUUGCUCUAUCCAUCGAGGAGGGCUAUGGCUGGUGGUACCCAGGCUAUUAUAUACACAACUGCCCCAAGAUGUGGUACAAGAUUGAUUACUCACCUCAGUAUGUUCUUGACCCUGUGUCUUUGACAUGGGACCCGCUGGAUCGAACUGUGUUGGACCUCCUCGACAAAAAGCCGUACGUGAGCCUUUCGCUUGAAAAGGAGCAGGCCUCUCGCGAGAUCGAACAAGGUUUUGCGUCGCCUACCGAGGAUCCAAACCAGAGUGACAAAGGGGGGGACAAAGGUUCCGACUCUGCAGCAUCCGAUGAAGAUGACAGCAACUGGUUGUUUGCAACCGGGAUGCCGGGUAUACCUCCGAUAUCUACGGUCGCUGAGUGGGAUAUGGAUCAUAUCGCUUUGAAGAUAUCCCCGAAAGCCCCAUUAUACGAAACCUCUGAUCUCGUCAGCUGGGAGGAAAAGGGGGUCGAGGAAUAUCCAGGAAUGAGAGCUGGUGUUGCUGAGCUCAUCGCGGCAAUUGGCCCUGACUUGAUGGACCGGAUUUGCCUGGACUUUUCCCGGAGACCCUAA